CACCAAUGGAUGCACAAGCACGUCUAUCUUUCCCCGCUGAGCGCGUCUUUUUUUUUCCUUCCUCGACCAGUACUUGCGUCCUGUACAACCACUCUUGGUCGCACUCUUGUCUUCAUAGACGGGAUUAUAACUACUUUGGGUUGGAUUAAAUUAAGAAAGGAUCAGGACAGCAGAAAUUGUUUGUCCCUUGAUUAAUACCUUUUCCACUCAUCAUCAAUCCUCGAACUACCCCUCCAAUCUACCACCCCACACCAUGACGGACGUCAACAAUGAUCAUCUGGUUCAAUCCAGCGAUCCUAAACACCCAGCCAACUUGAUCCCUGAUCUCUGCCGUCGAUUCUACAACUGGGGGUGGGUCACUGGCACUGGUGGUGGCACCUCCAUUCGUCGUGGCGACCACAUCUUCAUCGCCCCCUCGGGCGUGCAGAAGGAAAUGAUGGAACCCAAUAACAUCUUCGUUCUCGAGUUCCCCACCCCCAAGUACCCGCCCUCCGACCGCAAGUACAUCCGCAAGCCCCUCGAGCUCAAGCCCUCCGCCUGUACCCCCCUGUUUCUGGCUGCCUUUGAGCGCGGUGCGGGAUGUUGCAUCCACACCCACUCGCAGUGGGCUGUUCUGGUGACGCUCCUGGUCGAGCGCGAGUUAGGCGCCGAGGGUUCCUUUGAGAUCAGCAACAUUGAGCAGAUCAAGGGUAUUCCCAAGGGUAAGGGUCAGGGAAUGCUGGGUUUCUUCGAUACCCUGCGGAUCCCCAUCAUUGAGAACACGGCGCACGAGGAGGAUCUGACCGCGGGUCUGGAGAAGGCCAUGGAGGAGAACCCGGAUACCUAUGCGGUUCUGGUGCGGAGACACGGAAUUUAUGUUUGGGGCGACGAUGUUGUCAAGGCGAAGACUCAGUGCGAGAGCUUGGAUUAUCUCUUCCAGUUAGCGGUGGAGAUGCACAAGCUGGGCCUUCCUUGGGUGAAGCCUCAGUAGUGGAUUGCAUUAUAAUGACGAUGAUGAUGAAUGUAUAGAUGAGAGAACCGUAAGCUAACAUCAGCUUUGAGUACAAUAUUAUGGAAGUCCAAUGGGC